AUAACCUCAAAAUCCCCCAAUCUCCUCUCCACUGUCUCGUCUCUUCUCGUCACGAUGCAGCAGCCACCUCCAUCCUCCAACGGUGCCGCCGCAGGUCCAGGAGAUCAACAAGCUUACCACCACCACCAGCAAUCCUGGAUGAUGCAGCCACAUCAUCAACAAGGCCAGCCUCCAGCAGGAUGGAAUCCACAGUCUGCGCCGUCUCCGGCUCAAUACGGCGGUGGAUCUCAAACUCCAGGAUCAGGUGACGAGAUCCGCUCCUUGUGGAUCGGAGACUUACUGCCAUGGAUGGACGAAACCUACCUCAUGAGCAUCUUCUCUCUCACCGGCGAGGUGCAACACGCGAAAGUGAUCCGCAACAAGCAGAGUGGGUACACUGAAGGUUACGGCUUUAUUGAGUGUGUGAGCCACGCUGCAGCCGAGAGGCUUCUGCAGACUUACAACGGUACUCAGAUGCCUAACAGUGAGCAGAUCUUUAAGUUGAAUUGGGCUGGUGAGAGGCGCCAGUCUGAAGGGCCUGAGCAUACUGUUUUCGUUGGUGAUUUGGCGCCUGAUGUUACUGACUACGUACUUACUGAGACUUUUAAGGCUGUGUAUUCGUCUGUUAAGGGGGGUAAAGUUGUGAUUGAUAGGACUACUGGACGGUCUAAGGGGUAUGGGUUUGUUAGGUUUGGGGAUGAGAGUGAGCAGAUAAGGGCUAUGACUGAGAUGAAUGGUCAGUAUUGCUCGUCUAGGCCUAUGCGUACUGGUCCUGCUGCUAACAAGAAGCCUCUUACAAUGCAACCACAAACAGGUGCAUAUCAGAACCCUCAAGGAAAUCCCGGAGAAAGUGAUCCAGCUAACACAACAAUUUUUGUUGGAGCUUUAGAUGAAAGUGUGACAGAAGAUGUUUUGAAGUCAGUUUUUGGUCAAUUUGGUGAACUUGUUCAUGUGAAAAUACCAGCAGGAAAACGUUGCGGAUUUGUUCAAUUUGCUAAUAGGGCAUGUGCAGAGCAAGCACUCAACUCGUUGAAUGGAACACAACUUGGCGGACAAAGCAUUCGUCUUUCAUGGGGUCGCAGUACUAACAACAAGCAGACUCAACCUGAUCAAGCCCAGUAUGGUGGUGGUGGUGGAUAUUACGGGUAUCCUCCUCAGGGAUAUGAAGGUUACGGAUAUGCACCUCCUCCUCAAGACCCUAACGCCUACUAUGGUGGCUACCCUGGUGCCGGCUACGGAAACUACCAGCAGCCUGGUGGUGGUUACCAGCAGCAACAGCAGUGAAGCAUAAUGUGAAUGUCGUGAUGGAGCUGAAGUACUAGGAAGCUGUCUGUGAUGAAACACCGUUUUGGAAAUGGUGAAUGAAUCAUUGAAGUGGAUGUGUAUCAGCUAUUUCUCUCUACAACUUUUAUUUUCUUUUGUUUGUUUUUCUCUCGUGUGACAAUUGUUGAGUGCCCUCCUUGAAGUCGUAUACAAGAGGCUUUAACCACAAUGCUUUUUAUCAUUUGACUAUCUUCUUUUUAUUGUUUAUGUACUGUUCUCUUGCAUCCCCCUAUGCCUGUUUCAAUAGAUUUUAAACAUCAAAGUCCUGCUUAGAGGGA